AUGCUCCCAGCACUCCUUCUGCUAGGCUCCCUGCCCCUGCUGCAGGGAGUCCUCAGUAGCCUGCCCGUUUUCAACGGCAACUCGACCAGCACUCUGCUCCCCGAGCCCGUGUGCCAGCCGCCGUCGUCCAACUAUUCCUUACUGACAAGACUUCCUAAGAUCGUGCCUGACGACUGCCAAGCCGCCGCGCAGCAGCUGAGCAGCCUGCCGGCCAUCGCGGACAACACGACGGUGCUCGACGGCAAGUCGUGCGUGAUGAAGAAGCAGAACGGCUGCCUGGCGUUCGCCUGCAACACGGCCGACAAGAAGAUCACGACGCGCCAGGCCAUCAUCAGCGGCAGCAGCGUUCAGGGUGAGCAGCAAAGCGUCUUCGACACGGGUUGGAUCGACAAUGACGUGCCUUCUCCCGUCGACUGCCACCAAGUCAUUGACCUGGUCAGCCUGCAUAGCAAAACCGGAUACUUCUCGGUUGCCCAUAAGAGCCUGUUGUUCGUGGCCGGAAGCUGCCAGCUGCAUGUCGUCAACCAAGCCGGCGGAACCGUCAAGGUCAAGGAGGCGACGCUGGCGUGGGACCUCACCGCCUACGUGUUCAACCCCUGCGUUGUUAACGGGCUGUACGGCUAUUACUUCCUCGACAGCUCUGUCAUUGCCUCGAUCGAACCGGCGGGCUAUGACGACCAUCUGGGCUCUGACUCCGUCUCGGCCCCUGAUAUUUUUGUCGAGGGUUCAUCGUCCCCCGAUGUUGUCGAGCCGUCGUCGUCGUCCACCCUCGUCCCGCGCGGCUGGCAGUGCUCGAUCCUCAACGACAUUGGCGUAACCGGCAACAUCCACCUCGGGUCGUCGCAGACCAGCCAGGUGUACCGCUACGGCGGCUGCUCGGGCUAUAUCUACAACCACUACGAUAACAAGGCCGUUGACGUCGCCGGCUACACGAUGGUGGGUGAGCUGCUACCCUACCUCAUGAACACAUGCGUUACGGUCGGCCAGUGGGGCUGGUACCAGGACGACUUUGUUCAUGUCGAGCUGUUCUCGGGCGCUAUCUCGCCGCGCGGCAGCUCGCGCCGGAGCCACCGCAACACUAAGACGCUAGCUACGAGAGCCGAAGGCUCUAAGGAGGAGAAGCGGGAUGGUGACUUAGAGUUAGCUCUUGUGGUGUGA